UCAUGUAGAUGUCAUUUUUUUGUAUAGAAAUUUGUUUGCUUCUUGUACUUGUUCUUUUCGGUGAAUGACCCAUAUUUCAUAUGGAUUUCCUUUAAACAACAAUUCCAAAAUAUUGCUGACUCGACAAACAAAAAAGAAAUAAUCGACCUCAAUAAACUUUUUUUUAUAGAUUUCACUUAUAAAUUUUAGACCGUGACUUUGAAUAAAGGUGUUAAUUAGUUCUGAAAAUUUAAUUUGUAUUCAAAGAAGUUACAAUUUCACUUUGAUUAAUUUAGAAAAUUCAAAUUUACCAAUAACUUUCUAUUUAGUCUAAGUACAAUAAAAUCAAAAUGGCAAAGGAGAAAAAUACAAUUCCAGCUAAAAAGUCCCUACUUAUAGCCUAUUUACUGUGGUUAAUUGGCGGCUUCGUGGGCCUCCAUCAUUUGUACCUCCAUCGCGAUCGACACGCCUUUAUUUGGUGGUGUACUUUAGGCGGCUACUUUGGUAUUGGAUGGAUCUCGGAAAUAUUCCUUAUUCCCGAAUAUGUUAGGGAUGCUAAUGAAGAUCCUGAAUUUGUAAAGAAAUUUGUAGCACAAUUGCAAACCAAUAAAAAACCACCCUACUCCUCUCGUCGAUUUGUCGGAGAAGUUUUACUUGGCUAUUUGUUUGGUCAAUUAAUUCAAAUGGCCAUUCCCGAACACAUUUUUGGAGGAAUUGAUUGGACAUUCUUACACUGGGCAAUUCCAGUUUUUAUUGCCCUCGGUGUUUGGACAGUUGGCAAUAUUGGUCGUGAGCAAGGAGUCCUUUGGCAUUGCCUGGUGGCUGCAAUCUUGGUUUAUCCAAUUCGAUAUCUAAUUUAUGAUGAAACCUACACAUUGCUUGCUACUUCGGUGGCUACAGCUUUUGUGUUUGAUACAUUCUCUAAAGAAUGGCAACGAACUCCGCCAAAACAACGAGGCAAGCUUGAAAGAACAUUCAAGCUUUCCACUGCCAUUGUUUUAUACUUUGCUCUUUGGGGUAGCUUCUUAUACUUUAAUGGAACUAUUAAAGAUGAAGAUGGAGGUGAAAUACCCGUUCACGAGGCCAUUCAGAAUUUCCUUGCUUCUGCAUGGUGGACCGAUCUGACACAAGCUCUAUACGAUUCCUAUCAAUAUGCUCAACAUCAUGGUUGGUAUGAAACAUGGAAGGAAAUAUUCGAAAGUAUGGAUGUCGAUGGAGAGAGAAAUUCAUAUAAAAUACUUGGAGUUAGUGCAACUGCAUCGCAAGCUGAAAUAACAGCUGCAUAUAGAAAAUUAUCGAAAGAACAUCAUCCGGAUAAGGUGAAGGAUGAAAAGGAUAAGAAAGCAGCAAAUGCACGUUUUAUUGAAAUUCAACAAGCUUAUAAUGUUUUAAGUAAAAUUAAAUCGAGUCGUAGGAGAAAGAAUAAGCAGUUUAAUGAUGAUAUUAUUUUGUAAAAAAAAAUGAACAAGCUAAGCUUUUUUAAAGAUAACUUAAGUACAUCACAAUUCAUUCCAUUAAAAAAAAAACGCAACAAAUACUUAAAAUAGAUAUAAGCACUUUGAAAUAAGAACCGUCCAAAAAGUCGAAUAAGUUAAAUAUACUUUUUUUUACAUAUUUUUUUUACUUAAAUAUUUUAAGAAAAAAUGAAACAAGACUUUUGUAGCGCAAUGAAAGAAUCUAUGCAGAAAUGCUGCAUGUAAAA